AUGAUGGCUACACCCUAUCUAGAGCAAGUCACUGAGUCUGAUCAGUUGUUAUUGGAGCCAUUUGCAUAUCUGUGCCAAUAUCCUGGUAAAGAAAUACGAACCAAAUUGAUCGAAGCUUUUGAUCAUUGGAUUCGCGUCCCUCCUCAAAAACUGGAAAUCAUCAAGAAGGUCGUCGAAAUGCUGCAUACCUCCAGUUUGCUAAUUGAUGACGUGGAAGACGACUCGUCGCUUCGAAGAGGUGUACCGGUGGCGCACAAGAUUUACGGAAUACCUGCUACCAUAAACUGUGCCAAUUACGUCUACUUCAUCGCUUUACAGAAAGCUCUGACCCUGAAUGAUCCUAGAGCUGUGGAAAUCUUUACUGAAGAGCUCAUACAGCUGCAUCGUGGUCAAGGAAUGGACAUUCAUUGGAGGGAUACAGCUACUUGUCCAACUGAGGAUCAGUAUCUGGAAAUGGUUGGAAACAAGACGGGAGGACUGUUACGUCUAGCUGUCAAACUCAUGGAAAUUGCAGCUAAUUGUCAAACUGACUAUGUCCCACUCGUCAACAUCUUGGGUGUUCACUUUCAGGUCCGGGACGACUUGAUGAAUUUAACUUCAGCGAAAUACACAGACAACAAGGGAUUCUGUGAAGACUUGACGGAGGGCAAGUUCUCGUUUCCUAUCAUUCACUGUAUCAGAUCAACAACCAACAACCAUCAAAUGAUCAAUAUACUCAAGCAGAAAACAACUGAUGUAGAUGUCAAGAGAUAUGCCGUACGACUGAUGGAUGAAACUCAAUCCUUCGAGUACACAAAGAGCUAUUUACGACGAGUCGAAAAGCAAGCUUUAAGUGAGAUUCAACGACUAGGUGGUAAUCCAUAUCUAGACGCAGUCAUGAAACAGUUGGCUGUUCAAAACUAG